AUGUCCGUGGUAAGCAAACCCUUCAACGAGUUCAGUAAGCAAACAACGCAAUCAAACCCUUCAACGUCGUUCAAACCCUUCGCAAUCAACACCGUUCAAACCCUUAGCUAUCAACGCCGUUCGCAAACAAACCCUUCAUCGCAAUCAACGCCGUUCGCAAUCAAUCAACGUCGUUUGCCGUUCGCCCUUGACCGCCACUUCAAAUCACAGGCUGAAGAGUUAGGUAGAGACCCCACAUUGGAUGAAGUCUUUUUAAAAACUCACACUAAGAAGAAGGACAACUCUUGGGUUGAUGAAAGAGCAAAAAAAACAUAUGAAACAUUUCAAGGUAAGUUGCAACAAGCCUCUAAAGGUGGGGAAGCAUCUAGUAGUUGUAGCCAAGUGGUUAAUGUGGAAGCUCGCUUAGACAUGUGGGUCCAAUUUGUUGGGGGGAAGAAUAAAGGGAGGAUCUAUGGUGCUGGAGAUAGAUCCUCGCUUUAUAGACCAGGUGUCGCAAGUCUAGUUCCAGAUUAUCAUCCAUCUAGAGGUUGCGCCAAUUUCUUGUCUCAACAAUCUAACGAGAUAGCUGCACAGAUAGCAGCAUUUGAGGAGCGAGCAAAAGCGACAGAACACGAGGCACGAGAGGAGCUAAGGAAAGUUGAGCAACGUCGACAAGAGGAAGUUCAACAAACAAAGCAACGCACUACAGAACUACAGAUGCAGUUAGCAAUAUUGGCAAAAAGUGUUGCUUCCAUACAGGCUGAGUCAUCCCGUCGUCGUCGUCAUCUAGAUUAUGACGAGGAUGAGUCUAACGAUGAUGACGGCGAGGAGUAAUACUGGUUUCAGUUUCAGUUUCCUAUAGUAGUUAUGACUACUUAUUUUGUUUAGACUUGUAGGCAUUAUCUAUAUAUAUUUCUACGAUAGUGUCGUUAUGUGUAUUUUGAAACUUAUGGCAGUAACAAUGUGCUUAUUUUGAAACUUAUGGCAGUAACAAUUGUCCUUAUUUUGAGACUUGUGGAAGUCAUAAUGUGUAAUUUGAAAACACUAUUUACAUAAUA